AUGGGUCUUCAAAAUAACCUAGUCAAUUUAACUUCAAGAUUUCAUAACAACACAAACUAGGACACAAUCAAUAACUUAAAUAACCCAAAUACCUUUAGACAGUCAACUAACUAGUCCAGCAUCUUAAAUCAAAGUCCAAAUCACCCCAUUUAAAAUUAGAACUCUUCAUCUAUGACUAUGAAUAAUCAGGCUAAGAAGGUUACAAGUUUUGCAGAGAACAAUUAGAGUGCAAUACAAUAGGAAAAUCCUUUAACUAGAGCAUUGAGGAAGGCGUCCGUUAGUAAGAAGGAGAUCAACUUUGGAGUAGGUGGUGGUAAUCAAAUUCAGUCAUUUAAUUCCAAUCUUAGAAGCAGAUAAGAUAAUCAGUCAUCUUAGAAAAACUACUCAUCUGGAUAGAAACAAUCAAACUAGCAGCUGUAAAACACCAACAACUACAAGAAGGGAACUGGGGAUAUCAGUGGGAACUCUAACUCAGGCAGACAGUCUAAAUCUAAAAAUUAAAUAGCCCUACCGAUAAACAAUGUGAGCAACAUAAAUCAUACAAAUUUUAUGCAUUCUAAGUCUAUGAACUUGGAUGCUAACUAGCUCAAACUCUAAAAGCAAAAGCUACUUGCCUAAAUCCUAGAAAAACUGUCUAAAGAUGUAGCCUAGAACAAAGACUUCUAUUUGAAGAUUAGGAAAGAGUACGAUAGAAUCACCAUAUAUGAGAAUAUGUUCAACAGAUAGAAAGAGUAAUAAAAGGAAUUUAAGAAUCUUAAGAAAAAUCUUAAGAGGCUGGUAGAUCAUUUUUUCUUGCCUGUGUUUCCAUAGUAAAUUGCUAAGUUGCAGCACAAAGCAAGUAAUUCCAGCAAGCAAAAGAUUAUAGAACAAUAAAAGAAGCUAUCAAGACAGUCAAUGAAGCGAAAGUUUGUACGUAAUAGCAAGAAUCAGAUCAACUAGACUGCUAUUUAAAAUACUGUAACAGAGGAAGAGUUUUAGCCACUGAUAUAUGAGCCAGAGUUCCAGUAGUUAAUUGAAGAUUAGACCACAUUCUUUGAAGAAGACCUAGCUGUUAAUUCUCUGCAAAUAUCUAUCCUGCAGAUUUUGAACUUUUUGGAAAAAAUUGUUGAGACCGAGCUGUACAUCCUGGAAGGAACAGCAAUCGCUGCUGACUAAAGCAAUAUGGACAUUCUCACAUAUCAUGGGAAGCAGAUUCAAGCUAGAGCCAUGCUGAAUGAGCAAAUAACUAUUCUUAAAUACAUCAAAAUAGAACGGUUUUACUUAUAUGUCUUUUGGACUCACUCUGAGCAGCUCUCUGCAAACAGCCACCCGCAGAUUAAACAGAGAGACUUCAUAUACAAGCGUUGCGUAGGCAGCUUGAAAAGACUGAGACAACUGAUAUACUCGCUAAACUAUCUGUUGACAGACAAGAAGCGCAUUCAGUUGCAGCAGUGCUAUUCCAACAUCAGAAAUUUCCUGAUGACUACAUUUCUGAUAAUGAUUGAUAACCUUACAAAUAUACACUAGAAUUCAAAGUAAAACAUGAAUAUACAGGAUAGAGGUGACAAGGAAAGACCUAGUUACUCUGGAAUGGUAAGCAGUGCCAGCCAAAGUGAACCCAAGCACUUGAUGCUCUUGAAAACACUCUAUGGAAUGGCUGAUGAAAUGAUGAGUAAGAACUUCAUUGAAGAGAAAAAGACUAACUAGAAGAACAUGUUUGACAAAGACUACAUAGAGACAAGCAAAGCUAAAGAGGCUAAGACCUUAAACUUUGAAGAAAUGCUUUUGAACUUUAAGGACCAGCUGCAGUAUGUAGACUUUACUGAGGAUGAAUUCGCAGAGUAUUCUUACAUCGACCAAGACUACGACAAGCCAAUUAACACUAUCUCUAGUAAUAAUCAUCUUCAGAAUAUUCAUCAAAGAUAAAAUCAGCUCUAUUAGAGCCACACUUUCAGAGAUACCUAAAUCAGUAACUAAAAUAGACUCAGACUGUAAAGCACAUAAAUAGAUGAAGAUGUGCAGGACAAGGCUGAUGGAGGUGAAGAGGAUGAUGGAAUUGAUGGUGAGGAUUUUUUUAAAAAUCUCGGAUUCAAAGAUCCUUUUCACAAGAAGCUACUUGCCGAUGUGCAGCCACAAGAGCAAUAGAAUUAGCAUUACAUGACUCAGGAGAGUAUCGAGAAAGUUUAGAAAAUCAUUGCCAAAAAUCCUUAGUUCUCAACAGUAAUGAACAACCUGCUCAACUCAGCUUAUAAUCCUUUCCAAGAAGGGUUUCCUUUCAUUAGUGAUACGAGCUUUAAGAGGAAAUUCGCUAAUUCUAUGAAUAAAAAGUUCAAGACUAGAGGAGCGCUCAGCUGGAUAUAUCGAGACUAUGUUCAUAAGUAUAAGGCAUAGAAUGGCCAGAACUAAGAGCAUGAAGAGGAUGAGGAGGAUUGGGACUAACCUCUCGAUGUAAUUGAACUGUUCAGUUUUCUGGAUUCUGGCAAAUCGAAUCCAUUGCCAUUGAUGAAUGAGAUUAAUCAGCAAGGCACCUUUACAACUAGUCAUUACAAUUAGAACUAGCGAACUACUAUGCAGAAAUUUAAUGACAAUGACUCAGUUUAUGGGGAUUCUGAAAAAUUUGAGAAGCUGGUAAACACAAACUUUAGCUUCAAGAAGAGAUAUGGACAAGACAAGAAGAUUGAAUAGAAAUAUGCGGAGAUUAUCUAUCUAAAGAAAAAAGAUCGGUUUAAGAAUGUAAGCUCCAAGGUCACAGAAUUCUUUAGUUAAUAGCUAUUGGCUGAAGAACUGAAAAAAGAAUAGUCACAUAACAACUCAUAGAGUUCUUAGUCUAGGUUGAUAAAAGCCAUUUAGCGUGGAAUGCAGACUAAUAUCUUCGACAUGAUUACAGAUGAUUUGAAUCCGUAUAAAAAGAAAAGAGCAAAAGCCAAUCAAUCAAACGGCGGCAAUAACUAUGCUUCAUUCAACGGUAGAAAUAAGUCUGAGACUGGAGGAUCUUCUUAGUAUUGGCGCAGAUUCUCCAGUUCUCAUGAGCAGUCAAUAAAAGACAGCAGAUCAUUUCAUUAGCAAUUCUAAUCGCUUGGCUCUCUAAGUUAAAGAAGAAGGUCAGUAACGAAUAACUUCAAAGGCAUUGGUUAUGGAAAUAGUAGGAAUGGAGGAUUUUAACCAGCAGGCACUGGUACCUUUGAGAAUAAAUUUGGUGAUUAGGACUCUGAGCAAGACUAUGGAUUCUUUAACUAGAUUAAUCAUGCCAAUUCAAAUACUAGCGGCUACUUCAAGAAAAGAAGUGCAACUAUACAUUAUAGAUCAACAAUUAAGGACAUUUAAGAGGAAGAUGAUUUAAAAAGCAAGUAGAGUGAUGGUAGAAACAGGAAGUAAAAACUUGGAAUUGGUUUUAAUCCUGGCCAAUAAAGCAGCAUGCAUAACUCAAGUGCUAAUUCAAAGCAAUUUUUUAAUAAGGCAAGUAAGAGAAUGGCUCAACUAAGAAAACCCUCCAGCGGAGUUUUCCUUAAUAACGAUUACCUGUAUUGA